UAAUUAGUAUUAUAAUACUUGUAAAUAUAUCAAGAAAUCUAAAACAUAUAUUCAUAUCGUGGUUAAAUACAUAAAUUUAGCAAAAUAGUAGUGUAAUAUCUUAUAUAUAUUAACAUUUUGUAAAUCAAUAUUUAAUCAUGGAAAUAAAUAAUGUGUUUCUAUUUACAAUAAUAACGACUUUAGUUUAUUUUUGUCAUUGUUCGAUUUACCAAAAUUUGAAGUAUUUUGAGACGUUGCAUGCUUCAAAAUUCACGCAUCACAUUGUGAAACGAGGUGUAAAGUUAUCUCAUCAUCCUUUUAAUAUCAUCAAGGAGUUACAAUUUCAUACUCUUGGCAAGAGCUUCAGGCUUAUAUUACAUCCUCAUAACUCUGUGCUGCAUUCAAAUUUUAAGGCGUACUCAGUGGAUGCGGACGGAAAUAAAAGUAUUAUUCAUAUUGAUUAUGAUCACUUUUAUACUGGAAGAGUUUUUGGAGAGAAAUCAUCAGAUGUAAAAUUACACAUAGAGGAUGGUGUUAUUACCGGCUCAAUUCAUACACCACAUGAAACUUAUCACAUUGAGCCAUCCUGGCGGCACCUACCACACCUUGACGAUAAAACUAUGAUCACAUACCGGUCAUCAGAUAUAAGAUUUAGUUGGACCAAUUCACGAGAUAACAAGCCACGUGUUUGUGGUUAUGUUAAGGAAGGGAAAGAAUUAGAAGACGACGAUGAAGAAGAUUACAAUGCCAAUUUAGAGUCUAAGCAGGAACAAUUGGAAAAAGACAAAUAUUUUAGUCAGAAUCAAAAUACGGAUGAUAACAAGAUGUCCCUAGCCUCGAUUGAGGGGAAUCAGGAGAAGAGUGAGAAGAGAGUUAAAAGACAAAGUGAUUAUGAGUAUACGCCUACCAAGACACGGUGUCCUCUCCUUCUUGUUGCAGAUUACAGAUUCUUUCAGGAAAUGGGAGCAAGUAAUACUAAGACUACCAUCAGCUACCUGAUCAGCCUCAUCGAUAGAGUUCACAAGAUAUAUAACGACACAGUUUGGCAGGAUCGCCAGGACGCUGACGGGUUUAAAGGGAUGGGUUUUGUGAUCAAGAAGAUACUAGUGCAUUCAGAGCCGACGCGCGUGCGCGGGGGGGAGGCGCACUACAACAUGGUGCGCGAGAAGUGGGAUGUGCGCAACCUGCUCGAGGUGUUCAGCCGCGAAUACUCGCACAAAGACUUCUGCCUGGCGCACCUCUUCACCGAUCUCAAGUUCGAGGGCGGAAUCCUCGGCCUCGCCUACGUCGGCUCUCCGCGACGGAACUCCGUCGGCGGCAUCUGUACACCGGAGUACUUCAAGAACGGGUACACGCUGUACCUGAACUCGGGGCUGUCGUCGUCGCGCAACCACUACGGGCAGCGCGUGAUCACCCGCGAGGCCGACCUGGUCACGGCGCACGAGUUCGGCCACAACUGGGGCUCCGAGCACGACCCCGACGUGGCGGAGUGCUCGCCCGCCGCCAGCCACGGGGGCUCCUACCUCAUGUACACCUACAGCGUCAGCGGCUACGACGUCAACAACAAGAGGUUCUCGCCGUGCAGCCUGCGCUCCAUCCGCAAGGUGCUGCAGGCCAAGUCGGGGCGCUGCUUCUCCGAGCCCGAGGAGAGCUUCUGCGGCAACCUGCGCGUCGAGGGAGGGGAGGAGUGCGACGCCGGGCUGCUCGGUACCGAGGACAACGACAUGUGCUGCGACAAGAACUGCAAGCUGAGGAAGAACCAGGGCGCCGUGUGCAGCGACAAGAACUCCCCGUGCUGCGCGGGCUGCGUGUUCGCGGCGCCCGGCGUGGUGUGUCGCGAGGCGGCGCACUCGGCCUGCGAGGGGCAGGCCGUCUGCACCGGCGCCUCCGCCGACUGCCCCAAGGCGCCGGCCAUCGCGGACGAGCACGAGUGCGCCGAGCGCGGCCGCUGCCGCAACGGCUCGUGCGUGCCGUACUGCGAGACGCAGGGGCUGCACAGCUGCAUGUGCGACGUCGUGGCGGACGCCUGCAAGCGCUGUUGCCGCAAGAGUUUGAACAAGACCUGCUUCCCGGUCGCACACAACGAUAUUCUGCCGGAUGGGACACCGUGUAUUCAAGGCUUCUGCAAUAAAGGAGUCUGCGAGAAGACGAUUCAGGACGUGGUGGAGCGGUUCUGGGACAUCAUCGAGGACAUCAACAUCAACAACGUGCUGGGCUUCCUGCGCGACAACAUCGUGGGCGUCGUGGUGCUCGUCACCGCCAUCGUGUGGAUCCCGGCCAGCUGCGUGAUAAGUUACGUGGACCGUCGACGACAACGCCAGCACCAGAAGUACAUGGAGUGGGAGCGGCAACGCGACCUCGUGCACCCCUCGUCGCCCCGGAAAAUUAUAUAUACCAGGUUGCCGAAGCAGAAACCACCGGGAAUAAAGUCAGUCAUUCAGGGCAGCAGCCAGCUUUAAUUCACUCAGUAUUAUGCUUUUGGGAAUUUCACUAUUGUACAAACCAUGGCAUUUUUGUUUGAAUAAAGAAAAAUUUGACUUUAA